AUGGCGGCUGAUGAUUUUAUUUUAAUAAUUGUUCCGAUAUUAAUUGUGGUAUCAAACGUGAUAUGUGAUUAUUCGAUAAAGUAUGAAAGCGUUGAGUCCUGUCAGCUUGUCCGCGAACAGAAUGAGUACAAUUAUUACUUUGAUACAUCUCAAUUGAAAUGUGAAAAAUGUCAACAGAAGAAAGAAAUCCAAGUCACGUCUACCAACGGCUACUCAUGUAAAUGCACCUCACGUUACAAAUACAAAAAUGUCUUUGGAAAUGGGAAGGUCAUGUGUGAGUUGUGUCCAAAUAACCAGACUGCUUCUGAAGAUGGCUGGCAUUGUAUUCUUGAUGCAAUAAAAUGUGCUUCAUGUCCAACAGACAGUAUUAAAGUUCAAAGGGAAAUUAAUGGAAGUUUAUUGAGGAACAGUCAAAAUGAAGCAAUUUGUGAUUGUGUAAAAUGUACAGGUGAUACAAUUCCUAAUGCUUCCCAGGAUAGGUGUGUUACUUGCACAGAAAUUCUUUAUUCAUCCCCCACAGCAAAUUGUUCUUGUAAUGCACCUUUAAAAUUGGCAUAUAAUACAUGUGUAGCAGAAAUCUUGAGUAACCCAGUAUUUACUAUACAAUUAGUGAAUGGAGAAUCUCCCGAGUCGAAUUUCCUUAAAAAUAAUCUUCCAAAAGCCUAUGGCCAAUGUAAGGUUAAUCUUAGUAAUCAAAAGGCAUGUCAAACUUUGGGUAAUAUGUGUGUCCUGUUGUAUUACAAUUAUGAAGGGCGUAGACAAAAAAACAUGAAACAGGCCUGCCAACUGUUUCGAUCCCUUAGUGCUCUGGCUCAAAGGCGGUAUGCUGUUGAUGCUUGGUAUUGUGAACUGUCAGUAAAGGACCUGUUUGAUACGGAAAAAUAUCCAUUGGAAUUUUAUGACCUCUAUCUUGAAUACUCAUCAAAUGGCAAAUACCUUCAAGCAGUUCCUGUGUUAAUUGAAAACUAUCUAGGAGAGUCUGAUGCUAGAGACAAUUUAGGUAAUAUUGAUAACUGGUUAUUAACCCGAAGAUUCUUUUUGGUGGACAAUGUGGCUACAAAAAACACUUUGUCUCCAGAUCGUGCUGAAUACCUUCGUUAUGCCUCUUCCAUGACUCUUGUCAUUCAACUCCAGCCAGAAAAAGAUGGCAACAUUUUCACCCCUUAUCUGAAAAUUUCUUAUGCAGAAGUCCAUAGUGAUGAUGCCAACCUGAACCGCAAAGUGCAAGUGUCUUUUCAGAGUGAAUAUAUCCAAAAUGAGGCAAAUAUCCAAAGAAAUAUAGACACAGCAAUUGGAACCCUCAGUGGCCUCGGUGUGCUGUGGGCAUGCUUGAACACAUGGAUUUGGUCAAAGAGAGCUGGACGUAUUGCCAUUGACUUUGCUACUUUGAUCAACCUUUUAUUUAAUGUUUGUGCUUCUCUUAGCAACGUCCUCUUCAUUAACAUCUUAGGAAUUGGUCUCUAUUUUUUGAUAUUCUUCAAGCGCCAAGAUAUUGUUGUCAUAAUGCCUCUGGUUGGGAGUUCAUUGACAAAGACUUAUGCCAGCUACAUUGUGAUAGCUUUUGUGUUUAAACUAUUCGACCUAUUCUAUCUGAUGUUUCGUCAGUGCACAAUUGACAUCUUUUUCAUUGACUGGGAACGCCCAACCAGACAGCAAAAAGAUGCACCUGUCUCAGCAUGGAGGACGUUGUUUGUGGCAAAUGAAUGGAAUGAAAUCCAAACCAUACGACGCACACAUACAUCAUUCCAAUUGAUGAUGGUUAACUACUUUCUGGUUGUGGUUGGUUUUGAGAAUUUGUCCAAGAACAACCCUAGCCUUAGUCUGACAGCUGAUGAGACUGACCUUUUCAUUCCACAGAACCUGAUGUUCAGGUUUACACUGGCUUCUACAAUCUAUCUAAUUGUCGGUGAGUAA